AUGUCGGCGGCCGAAGCAGCAAAACUAUACGAAUCGAUCAUCGACGAUGUCAUCAACGAGUCCAGACAGGACUUUGAAGACAGUGGGAUCGAUGAGGCUACCCUACAAGAGUUGAUGCAAAUAUGGAGAGAAAAGUUGAGCGGUACUGGUGUCGGCCAGUUCUCGUGGGAUCCAAGGCCGGAUCCAGAAGAGGCCGCUGCGGCGGAGCAAAUCAAGCACGAAGAGGCGGCAUUGAAGAAGGAAGAAGCCGACACAAAAGCCAACUUUGAAAUGACGAUUGAUACACUGAAUGGCGAAAAGGCGGUCAAGGUGAAGAAGGAGAGGAAACCCAAGACGAGGGUCAAGAAGGAGAGAAGCCACUCCAACGACCCGGCUCUAGAAGGGUUGUCUGAUAUUUCCUCCGAUGAGGAGGGAUUCAACGAUUCCGAUGAUAUCAACUCCGACUUGGACGACAGUGAUGAGGACGACCUCCUCAACGACUCCGACUUCGACGGUGAAGGUGAGGGCGAGGGCGACGUGGAAACCAACACCAUGUUGUGCUUGUACGAUAAGGUACAGAGAGUCAAGAACAAGUGGAAGUCUAACUUGAAGGAGGGUGUGGCCAACAUCAACGGAAAGGACUAUGCCUUUCAGAAAGCCAACGGUGAGUCCGAAUGGUAG